AUCCCAGAGUGCUCUGGUGGACAACAAGGGACGGAAGCCGCCGAUCGCUGGCCGCUCUGAGGAAAAAAAAAUCCCCCUUUUAUUUAAAAUUAAUUCUCCGGCGGUUGGCGCCCGCUGAAUAAGGAGGGCUGACGAGCGGCGGGUGUCCGGAGCUCGGCUGUGGUACUCGGCGAGCGGGCGGUCGACGCGCGGUGGUGCCCGGCCCUCCGGCCACCAUGGUGCAGACGGACAAAGUGCCCGGCGGGCCGCCGGAGGACGGCGCGGGAGGAGGAGGAGGGGGAGGAGGGGGAGGAGGAGGAGGAGGAGGAGGAGGAGGAGGCGGCGGCGGCGACUGUUCCCCCCCCGCCCAGCCCAGCCCUACCCCCACCCCCGCCCCCGCCGAACCCGGCCUCCCCAUCCCCCCACCCACCGACCCCCCGGCUCCGGCCGCCGAGCAGGGGGGUGCCGCCGCCGACCCGGUCAUCGCCAACGGCGGCCUCGACCACCCCUCGCCGCCGCCGCAGCGGCCGGAGCCUCCCGGCGGCAAGAAGAAGUUCCUCUGCGGCGUUGUGGAAGGUUUUUAUGGGCGUCCAUGGAGCAUGGAACAGAGAAAGGAGCUGUUCAGAAGAAUGCGCAAGUGGGGAUUAAAUACAUACCUAUAUGCACCAAAGGAUGAUUAUAAGCACAGAAUGUUCUGGCGGGAGAUGUACUCUGUUGAAGAAGCAGAACAACUGAUGCAGUUAAUUUCUGCUGCAAAAGAGCACAAUAUUGAGUUUGUUUAUGCCAUAUCACCUGGACUGGAUAUCACUUUUUCAAAUCAGAAGGAGGUUGCAACUCUUAAACGCAAAUUGGAUCAGGUGUCACAGUUUGGUUGCAAGUCCUUUGCGCUGUUAUUUGAUGACAUUGACCACAAUAUGUGUCCAGCGGAUAAAGAGGUCUUCAGUUCAUUUGCACAUGCACAACUUUCUGUUACUAAUGAGAUCUAUCAGUAUUUGGAAGAGCCAGAACACUUUUUAUUCUGUCCAACUGAAUACUGUGGAACCUUUUGCUACCCCAAUGUUGCCCAUUCUCCAUACCUCAGGACAGUUGGAGAGAAACUUCUUCCUGGCAUUGAUGUACUGUGGACAGGUCCAAAAGUAGUGUCGAAAGAUAUCUCCGUGGAAUCCAUUGAGGAAGUCACCAAAAUAUUGAAGAGGUCUCCUCUCAUCUGGGACAAUCUGCAUGCCAAUGAUUACGAUCAAAAGCGCCUCUUCCUUGGACCGUACAAAGGGCGGUCAACUGAGCUCAUUCCACGGUUGAAAGGAGUAUUGACAAACCCUAACUGUGAAUUCGAAGGGAACUUCGUUGCAAUUCAUACGCUGGCUACAUGGUACAAAUCCAACAUGAAUGGUGUGCGGAAGGAUGUUGUAAUGACUGACACGGAAGAGAGCACUGUAUCCAUCCAGAUCAAACUUGAAAAUGAAGGCAGUGAUGAGGAGAUAGAAAUGGAUGUCUUAUAUAGCCCUCAAAUGGCUUUGAAGAUGGCCAUAUCAGAAUGGAUGCAGGAGUUUGGAGUGCCACAUCAAUAUAACUGCCGAACAGUCCCUCACAGUGGUGCAAAGACAAACUCGAUUGAUGUGGGAGGGAUCGACACACCUUGCCUGAACUCCUCUACAACAGUGACCACAGUCUACCAGCAGCCCAUCAUGAGUCAGGGAAGUCCACUGAGUGGUGAGCCAGCCUUACUGGCCAAGGAAGAGGAGGAGAAAAAGCAGCAGUCUGAUGAAGAGCCAAUGGAGAUGGCAGUAGAGAAACCAGAUGAGCAAGAAACCAAAAACGUUAAUCAGAUCCUUACAGACAUUGUCAAAGCCAAAAUGUCUGAGGAUCUCAAACCUAUGGAGAUGGACAAAGACAGUAUUGCUGAAUCAAAGUCUCCUGAGAUCUUUAUGCAGGAAGACUCAGGAAGUGAUAUAGCACCAAUGCAGACAGAUGAGCAGAUGAACAAGGAGCAGUACAUCCCAGGUCCCAAUGAGAAGCCGUUGUAUACUGCUGAGGCUGUGACUUUGGAAGACCUGAACCUCUUGGCUGAGAUGUUUUAUCUGCCGUAUGAGCAUGGACCCAAAGCUGUUCAAAUGUUGAGGGAAUUCCAAUGGCUUCGGGCAAACAGUAGUGUCGUUAGUGUGAACUGUAAAGGGAAAGAUGCUGAGAAGAUUGAGAAAUGGCAUUUCAGAGCUACCAAAUUUGAAGAAAUGUGCUGCAGCGUAAUGCAGAUGUUUACUCGUCUUGCUAACUGUGAAAACCGAUCCAUUCUCUAUGAUCUAUACCCCUAUGUCUGGGAUAUAAAGGGUGUUGUGUCUAUGGUGAAAUCCUUUGUCCAGUGGUUAGGGUGUCGUAGUCAAUCUUCAGCACAGUUCUUGAGUGGCGACCAAGAACCCUGGGCCUUUAGAGGUGGUCUAGCAGGAGAGUUUCAGCGCUUGUUGCCCAUUGAAGGGGCAAAUGACCUCUUCUACCAGCCACCACCACCCAUGCCGACAUCAAAGGUCUACGCUAUCAGGCCGUACUUUCCAAAAGAUGAGGCCUCUGUGUAUAAAAUCUGUAAGGAGAUGUAUGAUGAUGAAAUGGAUGGUGACACAAUGUCUGAUCAGCCAGAUAUUAUUGGCGACAGUUUGGUGGGUGGACUUCUGACACUGAGCCCAGAUUACUGCUUCGUGUUGGAAGAUGAGGGCAGUAUAUGUGGUUAUGCCCUUGGAACCGUGGAUGUGAAACCAUAUGCCAGAAAGUGUAAAGUUUCCUGGAUACCUGCUAUGCGGGAGAAGUACGUUAAACCAGAAGCUAAUAAGGAACUCUCAGAAGAACAGAAAAUGAUGCUGAGCUUCCAUGAAGAGCAGCAAGGCUUGCCAGAAAACUUCCUCGCCACCUUUCCCUCCUUAAUUAAGGUGGACGUGCACUCGAAAGUGACGGAUCCUAGUGUUGCUAAAAGUAUGAUGGGCUGUUUGCUUUCUUCCUUAAAAGCCAAUGGGUCUCGAGGAGCAUUCUGUGAAGUAAAACCCAACGACAGACGGGGUUUGGAGUUCUACAGCAAACUGGGCUUCCUGGAGUUGGCCAAGAUGGAGGGAUUCCCAAAAGAAAUGUUGGUGCUGGGAAGGAAUUUGUAAUGGGCAGCCUCUUCACAGUAGUGUAAUUAAAGGAUGUGUAUAAUUAAAUGUAUCUAAAUUUAGCCUUAAGCUGAAUAAUCUGUGUUUAAUAAUAUUUUGUAUUUUAUCUUUUUAAUUUGCAAUACACAAGGUGAACUCCAGAUGGAACUUUGUGAAGUGGGUGAACCUCCACUGAUGCAAUAACAAAGAAUUAUCUGCUCCCCUUUUCCUCCUGGCACUUCAUCUCCCCCCCCACCCCACCCCCCUCAUGACCCUCAUGCAAAUAUUGGGCAACUGACAAGUUUCUCACGUAGAAUCAGGGGACCUGGUGGCAGAGUAGGAGGUGACUCAAUCCACUGUGUCCGUGUCAGUGAAAAAGAGUUGUUUAAACUAUCACUGCCUGAUGCAGUCCUGGAUCUUGGUGAGGGAUUGCUGUUAAACCAGCCAUUUUGUUAUCACAAUGUGGCUUUGUUUAUAACUGACCACCUACAGGAGUAUUUGGAGUCCUUGACCCCUGGAGCCAGUUCAUUUUCACUAAAUGAGAUUUUAGGGCUUCCACUGGUGAUUUAAGAGUUUGCUUUCUGCAGAUCAUGUGCAUCUGUGAAAACUAACGACCUUUUGAUACCUCUCUUUGAAGGCACUUUAUAUCUAGUGAUUCUCCAUCUGAAUGGUUCAUGGAAUUGCUCUCUGGAGAAAGGAACAAACUGUAGAUGUUGGAAAUGAGUGCAACAGUGCUGGAAUGCGUACUGGGUCUGUCAACAUCUGUAAAGAAAGAUGGGCUAAUAAUUUGGGUGCAUCACAACCUAAUUAAAUGUAUAUGAAACUGA